AUGAUUAAAGCCUAUGCAGGAGCAGGGACAGACCCCGUGCUGGACAAAGAAGGCAAACGGAAACACACUAGACCGACAUUUUCUGGGCAACAGAUAUUUGCCCUGGAAAAAACGUUUGAACAGACCAAAUAUCUGGCCGGACCGGAACGAGCUCGUUUGGCUUACUUUCUUGGGAUGUCAGAGAGUCAAGUGAAGUCUGUGUUGGGUUCAAACGAAUGCACACUCACAGCUAUCGAGUGUUAUUAUUCAGCCCAAGUAACCUCCGCUCAUUCCGAAGGCAAAGGCGAGUCAGAUGGCAUCUGUCACGUGGUACAGUCCUAG